CGCCGCCUCCCGGGCAUGAGCGGGGCCUCCUGCUCGCUGCCGCCGCUGCAUGCCGACUGUGGGCCCGCGUCGGGAACAUGCCCCUGGCUGCCUACUGCUACCUGCGGGCCGUGGGCAGGGGCAGCUACGGGGAGGUGACGCUCGUGAGGCACCGGCGAGACGGCAGUAUGUCAUCAAAAAACUGAACCUUCGAAAUGCCUCCAGCCGAGAGCGGCGGGCUGCUGAGCAGGAAGCGCAGCUCUUGUCUCAGCUGAAGCACCCCAACAUUGUCACCUACAAAGAGUCGUGGGAGGGAGGGGACGGUCUGCUCUACAUUGUCAUGGGCUUCUGUGAAGGAGGUGAUCUGUACCGAAAACUCAAGGAGCAGAAGGGCCGGCUUCUGCCCGAGAGUCAGGUGGUGGAGUGGUUUGUUCAGAUCGCCAUGGCUCUGCAGUAUUUACAUGAGAGACACAUCCUUCACCGAGAUCUGAAAACUCAAAAUGUCUUCCUAACAAAAGCAAAUAUUAUCAAAGUGGGUGACCUAGGAAUUGCCCGAGUGUUAGAGAACCACUGUGACAUGGCUAGCACCCUCAUUGGCACGCCCUACUACAUGAGUCCUGAACUGUUCUCAAACAAACCCUACAACUAUAAGUCUGAUGUUUGGGCUCUAGGAUGCUGUGUAUAUGAAAUGGCUACCCUGAAGCAUGCUUUCAAUGCAAAAGACAUGAAUUCUUUAGUUUAUCGGAUUAUUGAAGGAAAGCUGCCACCAAUGCCAAAAGAUUACAGCCCAGAGUUGGCAGAACUGAUAAGAACAAUGCUAAGUAAAAGGCCUGAAGAAAGACCAUCUGUGAGGAGCAUCCUGAGGCAACCUUACAUAAAGCACCAAAUCUCCUUGUUUUUGGAGGCCACAAAGGCAAAAACCUGUAAGAAUAAUGUUAAAAAUGGUGACUCUAAAUCCAAGCCUGUUGCUACAGUGGUUUCUGGAAAAGCCGAAUCAAAUAAUGAAGUAAUCUCACCCCAACCACACUCCUCUGAGGGCUCCAAGACAUACAUAGUGGGAGAAGACAUGUGUUCGUCCCAGGAGACACCUGUGGUCAUUGGCCCACUGAAGACAUCUACCAGUCUGAAAGGCCACUCCUACAAACCAGACAUGAGCAAUACUGCAGAGUCACUGGCCACAAUCAGCAGAGUAAAUAUCAACAUCUUACCUGCAGAAAGGAAGGACUCAAUGGGUGGCGACUUAGUUCAGGAGACUCAGCCAGGACACUUAGAUCUCUCUAAUGAGUUAGAAGGUAAAUGCAAUAUUUCUCAAGUGAAGGAGGAGAGACUGCAGGAUAACACUAAGUCCAUAGCUCAGCUGGAAAACCUAGUUCCCACAUGGUCCUCAGGUGAUGUCACUGAGGCAGGGAAUGACCCAGUGAAGCCUCUGCUGCUUCUAAGCAAAGACCAAAAGCCAAAGGACCAGGAUCCAGUUGCUACUGAAUGUAUCAUAGAAGAACAGGCCAGAAUCCGCCCAGGCUUACAGCCACACAUCUCUGGGUCGGAGCCCUCCCAGUCUCGGCAGCGACGGCAGAAGAGGAGAGAGCAGACUGAGCGCAGCGGGGGAAAGAGGCAGUUCCAAGAGGUUUCUCCUAGACAGUUGCCUUCUGUUCCCGCUGUUGGAAAUGUAGAUGUCAGGUCAACACGAGAGGAUGCUGAAAACCAAAGUAGAGCGGUCAGUGGGUCUGUGAGCAGUUCGAGGAGCAAUGAGGUCUCGUCAUCAAAGGAUCGACCAUUAUCAGCAAGAGAGAGGAGGCGACUAAAGCAGUCCCAGGAAGAGAUGUGCCCCUCAGGCCCUUCAGUGAGGAGAGCUCUGAGUGCAGUGGGGCCAGGGAAACCUCAGGAGGAAGGCCAGCCCAUCCCUGCCAGACGAUUCUCUGCUGACAGCAGCGUUGCUCAGGAAAAGAAAUUGCCUCGUUGUCUGUCUGAGGAGGAGUUAAGUUCUUCCACAAGUUCAACUGAUAAGUCAGAUGGGGAUUCUAGGGAAGGUAAAAAUCAUACCAAUGAAAUGAGUGACUUGGUACAAUUGAUGACUCAAACCUUGAAACUGGACUCUAAAGAGAGCUGUGAAGAUCUCCCAGUAUCAGAGUUCAAACUUCAUCGGAAAUAUCGAGACACGCUGAUACUUCAUGGGAAGAUUGCAGAAGAGACAGAGGAACUCCGUUUUAAAGAGCUGCCUUCAGCUAUUGUGCCAGGUUCUGAAAAGAUCAGGAGAAUAGUUGAAGUCUUGAGAGCUGAUGUAAUCCAGGGCCUGGGGAUUCAGCUUUUAGAGGAGGUGUAUGAUCUUUUGGAAGAGGAAGAUGAAUUGGAGAGAGAGUGCACAUCUCAGGAUUUUCUAUAUACAAGAUGAUGUCAUCUGUACAUUUGCGGGAGCACUUGGGUGAAAAGUAUACGGCUUACGGUGUGAAAGUUCGCCAGUUGAAAUUUUUUGAAGAAAAUGUGAAUUUUUGAGAAUUUGUUCUAAUCUCCUGCCAGAGCUAAAGACUUAUUUUCAAAGAUUUUUCACUUAAAAAUAAAAGCAAACAAACCCGUUAACAAUGGCUUAGAGGUCGUUCAGUGUCCUUUUUGGGGUUUUCUUACUGCAAAACAGUUGGGACACAACAGAGUAAUAUGAAGCAAGCUCAAAAGAAAGAAAAAUCCCAUGGGUAUCAUAUUCUUUUUUAUAAGGAAAAAUCUAUAAGACAUUUGUUUGCUUAUUGUUUACUGAGCCUUAAACUACCAAUUUUAUAUCUAGAACUUUAUUUUUUUAAGGUACUAAUUAGCUUGAAAACAGGGCCAUAAAUAGAAGUUUCAUAUUGAACUGUAGUGAUAAAAGCAGUAGGAGAAACAAAUGACAUAUAUCCAGUGAUAUUUGUUUUUGUUAAUAUUAGAUGGUAGCUGAUAAAUUUUUUUUUUAAAUGUCAAUUCACUGUUCUGAGAAUAAAUUUGAAUAAGUUGUAUACAGUUCUUGAGCAAUAAAAUUCCUUUUUUAACACACUGAUGUUUAAUAUUUUUAUGUAAUAUGAACCUCAUUUAGGACAUAUAAGAAGUGAAACUAAGACAUAUUUUGGUUUUGUAAAUCAAUGUUAUUACAUACUGGUUUUAUUAGAUUUGUUUCCAUUGGAUAAAACAUUUCUUAAAUACUAAUUCUUUUCGGAAGUAAUCAGUUUGUAAGUAAAGUCCAGAUCGUUUUAGUUACAUUGGAUAUAUUUAAUGUUUGUCUCCUGAAGUUUGUCUUCAUUUACAUCAGGGUAUUGUCUUCUCAAGUUUUAAAUAUAAAGCUUGUAUAUAUUUUAUUAGUUGUUUAAUAAGGGGUAAUGCUCAUCUAAGGAAUAGUUUUUGUCUUGUUUAGUAAAUUUUCACUUCAGUAUCCAAGGAACUGUAAAAAGGAAUACUGCUCAGAAACAUUUUGUUUUAAUAAUUUGAAAAUUCAUAUUUCUUUGAAAAUUACAUAUACACACAAUACUCUAAUGAAAAUGUUCCUUUUCCAGGCAUUUAACAGAUUUUUAUUGAGUGUUUACUAUGUGCCAGGCACAUACCAGGUGCUGGGGAUUCAGUAGUAAAUACAGUCAUGAAUAAAACAGAGUACCUCUUACCCUUACAGUGCUGACAGCCUGGUUUCUGAGGCCUCUUAUUUUUACCUUGAAGGGUUUGUUAGAACUCAACUUAUAAAACCCUAGUCCCAAUGCCCAGUUGGAGCAAAUCUUUGGCAGACUGUUGGUUUUCUUGAACUAUUCACCUCCUACAUGUUUUGGAAAUCCACAUUUUUCUGAAAAGUUACUCCUUUUACUUAAACUUUCUAACUUAUUAGUAUCAGUACAUAUUUUCUCAGAAUUAAGAAAAAAUGUCCCCCACACUUUAUUUCUAUAGUGUGUGUUCUUACUUUGCUUAUUCAUCAGGUUUUCAUCCCACUCUCUUCUGGCUAUUUUGUGGUUUUUUCUUCAGUUGAAUGCUUAUUUUUCAUCUUUGUUUAUUUCCACAAACUUAGAAAGCUAAGAAGUUCUGUUCUUUUUGCUUUGAACUCCAGCUACAAUGCAGUAUUGUUACUGAAUACAAUCUGCACAAUCUUUACUUCUCAGAAUUGUUUUCCCUGUGGCUUCAGUGUAUGAUCCAUUAUUGGAAGGGUGCUAUGGGCAUUCGAUAAAUGUGAAUGUGAAUGUGAAUUCUCUAUUGUGCACAAAACUGCUUAUCUGUUCAAUACUAUCGUAACCUCCUGUAUCAGACCUGAUUAAUUUUUUUGUGGUGAUGGAACUGUUCUGUAUCUGUGCUUUUCAAUAAAUUAAUCACUAGCAAUAUGUGGCUACUAAACCCUUGAAAUGUGCCUAGUUGGACUGAGGAACUUAAUUUUUAAUUUAAUCCUAACUAAAUUUAAACAGACACGUGACUAGUGGCCCUAUAUUGCACAGCACAGCUCUGUAUCAUUCAUUCAAUAAAUAUGUACCGAGCACCUAUCAUGUCAUGUACUGUUGUAGGUGCUAGGCCAGCAGCAGCAAGCAGAACAGUCCCUGUUCCCAUGGAGCUUACCUUCUAGUGGGAGAAUCGGCAGAUAAAUAUAUACCGUGAUGUAUGCUGAGUGCCAUAAAAAGUAAAGUAGGUUAAGUGGAUUGGGAGUGAUGGGCAUACCACUUUAAUUGGAUAGUCAGGAAGGGCUCUCUGGUGACAUCUGGGUAGACACCUGAAUGAGAGGAGGGAGAAAGUCAUGUAUUUCUGAGGGAAGCUGUUCCAAGGCACAGGAACAGUAAGUGCAAAACUCUUUAUCUCCUGUCCACUUCAUCUGUCAAUUUCUGAAAGGAAGAGUAUUGGUCUGUUAUGGGUUGAUUUCUGUCCCCCCGCCCCCCAAAAAAUGUUCAAGUCCUAACUCCUGGUACCUGUGAAAUGUCAUUUGGAAAUAAUGUCUUGCAGGUGUAGUUGGUUAACAUGAGGUCAUAUUGGAGUAUGGUAGGCCCUACUCCACUAUGACUCGUACCAUAAGAGACAGAUGCAGAUUUAAGACAGCCAUAUUUUUCUCUUCGGCCUCCUGGAAAUUUUAAGAAGAAAUUUACAGCUUUCUGGAUUUUCUCUUUGGUCUACCCCAAGCAAAGCAUGGAUUAAAUGUUUUCUGCUUAACAACAGCCUUAUUUCAUUGGUACAAAGUUUUAUUUUACCACAAAUUUACAUUAGGGAGUUUUUUUCAUAGGCACUUGCUGUUGUUAAGAAACAUACAUUUGGAACUUGCAGGUACAGAAAAGAAUAGAAAUGGUACUAACUGAUACUUUCAGGACAGCAGACUUCUAAGUCUGGUUUUUACUAAUAGUCUUGCUUGCAGAACAAAAACGAAAAAAAGACCCUUUAGACUCAGACCUGCACUGUGAGUUUUAAUUGAAAACAUUAAACGGUUUACUCAAUUAUAGAACUUUGAGAGUUAAAUUGUACUAUCAUUUCUGAGCAUUUAUUCUUCAUAUUUAUGUAGACCUGAAAGAAAUUUGCAUACUUGCGUUUUCUGUUCUCCAUUUCAGAGAAGGAUUAUGAAGAGGGGCUAAAAUGUUUAUAAAUCAAAACCCAACUGGGUUAGAAAUGAAAUAUAAAGAAAACUCAACCUACACACAGCUGUGCCAUAAGAAUGUAGGUGGUUUUUAAUGCAUGUUUCAAGUAGGAAAGCAAUUUAGCUCACUCAAAGCAGGUGCUAUAGUAAAGAUGAACCACAAAAACUCCCAUCAGUUAUUUUUAGCAUGUCUCUUAAUUUUUCUAUCCCCUGGUUUCUUGUCUUCUGUUCCAGAAUCUUGAACAGGUAACCACUUGAGGGGGUGCCGGCGAUAGAUGGGCCAUGGGGGAAGUGUCAGC